AGUGCGAAUGGAUUUAAGCGAUUCGCACCCUUUCCCCUCCCGUUCCUGCCGAACCGUGGGACAACCCCGGCAACUCCCCGCUCUUCCGCGCACGAAACCAGAAAACUUUUGACAGAAGGCUUCCUAGAUCUAGGAUUUUUCCUUUGCGGCUCAUAUAUUGAAAGUGAGAGGAAAAGACGACAUUCAAUUGAAAUCUACGUCAUAUAUCUUGAAGCACCAUGCAGGUUCUCAAUAACAUCCAGUCUCACUUCCACUGCCUCAAUACAGUCUCACCCUCUUUCACGCCCCCAAACUCCAAACUCUUCACCCAAAGCUCCCUCUGCAGUCCCUUAUCAUUCGCCUCUGGCACACAGUCUUAUACAGCACGCCCCCAUCCACAUAGAGCGCCUUCGGGAACUCUCCAAACUUCUCACGAUCAAAACACACCGCGAGCAGAUACCCUCCAUUCCUCUCAGGCGUACGGAUCAUCGGAUUUGAGUAGAACAUCCAUGUGAAGAACGCGAGGACUUUGAGACUUGCGAAGCCGAUCUUAGCAACGGAUUGAGAUGGUGGUGACUCUAGUAAUUUCACCGGAUUCUCCGACGCGAUGGGAAUGCUUGGAAGCUUUCAAUGUAUAUGUUUCUUAUUGGCGUCCAUCUCCGGCCAGAACCCUCAAUCCUAAUUCCCCCAUGUCCCGAUAGGAUAUUGUGCUUGUGGCUAAUCAUGGCUGUGGCUGACCCAUGGCUGCAAUCACGUGGUAUAAACACUGGAAGAUAAAAGUUUCGCUUCCGGAGAGGCGAUUUUGGUUGAUUAAGCAACCAUUUGAGUUACGGCAACCUGCGUAUUUUAUCACAUCCAUUGUUAAUCGUCGUCCACCAGUUGUGGGAAAUGGCCGCUCUAUUACAGAUUCACGAAAGAACCGAGCCUCCCAGCUUACCUCGAAUACAGCAACGCCCCUGGACACCAAUUCCACCGAAGCCAACACGGUACAUCCGUGAAGAUGGAGAAGAACUGGAAAUCCUCGAGGCAGAAGCAAGAGUUACAUCCCAGGUAUGUCAUCCUGUAUAGAUAGGAGCUGAAGGUAACUUGCUAUUGCAUUUCGGGCCGGUGACGGGUCUUUCGAUCAUUCAACCAACAUCCUUCGUCUUAUCAAUGAGGACAAGAAACUAACUUUAUUCUAUCUUUUAACCGGACCUUCUAUUGAUCUGCAAUUUCGACAAACCGAUCUUCCACUGAAAAGGCAGACUCAUCACCGCAAGGACCACGCCGUUGAAGUCAAUCAUCGAGCAGACCAUGUCUGGCCUCCAUUUGGUCACAACGACGACAAAUGAUGCUCAUCCCUCUCAACCCCGAGCGUAACCUAAUGCAACGCGCCUGCCUGCAAAUGUCAAAACAAGCGAGGCGAAAUUCGCGCAUUGUUCCCCGCAUUCAGGAGGGCCCGCAUUCUGCUGCGCACCGUGCAUCAGGAGUGCCUUCCCUUUUCGCCAAUGAAGAUCUGGUCUUUAAGCUUCGUGUGUUCAUCCGGGCAGAUCUGUAUCUUUUAUCAGUUAUUUAUAUGCGUGGACUCCUCGGGAAGUUAUUCUGCUGCUGAGUUGCUAAGCUAAUCGUAGGUUCAGGCUGGGGUUACGUUACAUACAUACAUGUAAAUAUUGCCGAAAUAACGCUGCUUCAGCAACAAAAGCCCCGUUAUCAGUGCCAAUUCAAGCAAGCGCUGUCGCCAUCUAAACCUCUCUUGAAAUCACUCUCCCGCACGUCAUGAAGCAAGGUGUUAUUUCUAGGAACAACGCUGUACCCGCAGCAUAGAUCCCCUUAGCCAGCUAGACGCGAGGGUUCUGAUAGCAAUCAUGGCAGCUCAUAGGGUUCUGUACAACGGCAAAGCAUUGGCCAAGCUCACUAAUACGGAAAGAGAAGUUUGGAUCCGAUUUCAUUGGAAGUUUGAAGGAGAGCCAAGACUUGCUCAUGAUUCUCCAUGUUCGCUCAGCCACAACGGAAAAUCCCUCAUACCGUAGAAAUAUCGCAUAGAACAGUCGACCAACCGCACUACUAUCGUUGAUUCAGUAGCACAUCGAAGUCGAAUUCGCGCCGCUGUCUACCUUUUGCAUCUGCGUAUUUUCACAGGUUCAGAAACCUUUUUGCUUGCUGGAUAUUGGACGAGAAGAGAAGCAAGACGCGAUGUGGAAGCCACCCAUAAACUUCAUUACUUUGCACUAUGCAUACAUUAUCGCCCUCGGAAUCGUGGGGUUUAUCAUCAUUUACCCGUAUGGUAACAUGCCAUCGGUCGAUGCGUACUUCUUCGGGGUCAGCGCAUCCACAGAGUCAGGACUCAACACCAUCGACGUGAAAGCUUUGAAGACUUACCAACAGCUGGUCAUCUACUUUAUCCCGAUCAUCGGAAACCUGGGGUUCAUUAAUAUCGUUGUCGUCCUUGUGCGUCUUGUGUGGUUCGAGAAGAGACUUAAGAAGAUCACUUCUGAUUUGGUUCUCCCCCGUCGUCGAGAUGACCAGAUCGCUCCCGAAGAGAAGGAUUGUGAGGGCCAGACGAACAUCGCAGCAGAUAGGCCUACAACAGAAGACGGUGCCAAACUUGAUCAUAAAAGCGUAGUUGCGAACGGGGCGGUACAUACCCCAGGCCACGAGGGAGCCUCUCUCAUCUCGAACAGCACUGGUGCUGCAAAACAUAUUACGUUUGGCCCAGAGUCAGGACGCCAUGAAGCAAAAGCUACAAGAGUGUCGACUCAAAAUCCCGAAGAGGUCUUCAGCGAAGAUGAAGACGAAACAAUAAAAUCAACAACAGAGCCAAGACCAAGUGGGUUAGUCCAACGCCGAAGAGUAGGCGAACACAGCGGGCAAGCAGGCAGUUCCACAGCUCUCGCCCGCGUCGCCUCCUCCAUGUUCGUCGUCGGCGUGCCAGCUCCCCGUCUGGAGGACCGACCCAUUCCACAGCCCAACAAUUCAGCAUCCAAUAUACCAUACCUCUCACGGCAGGCGACGGUAGGCAGGAAUUCGCAGUUCCAUCAACUGACGAACGAGGACCGGUUGAAGUUGGGUGGCAUUGAGUAUCGGAGCUUGAGGCUGCUGCUGAAGAUUGUGCUUGGGUAUUUCUUCGGCUUGCAUAUUUUUGGUGCGAUCUGCCUUGUGGGAUGGAUUCAAUAUGCCCCUGCUAAGUACACGGAAUAUUUGCAGGAAACUGGCCAGAACAAAAUCUGGUGGGCAUUCUACUCCUCCCAAACAAUGAUGGACAAUCUAGGCUUCACACUCACCCCCGACUCAAUGAUCACCUUCCAAGACGCCACCUUCCCCAUGCUGAUCAUGACGUUCCUCGCCUACGCCGGCAACACCUUCUACCCGAUCUUUCUCCGCCUCGUAAUCUGGACCGCAUCCAAGCUCGUCCCCAAAACAUCCUCGCUUAAAGAACCACUCCAAUUCCUGCUGGACCACCCACGACGCUGCUACACACUGCUCUUUCCCAGCCAUCCCACAUGGAUCCUCUUCGGGAUACUUUUCGUUAUGAAUUUCGUUGAUGUGCUGCUCAUCAUAGUCUUGGAUUUGCACAAUGACGCGGUAGCUAAUCUAUCGCCUGGACCGAGACUGCUGGCUGCUAUUUUCCAGGCUGCGUCUGCGAGACAUACUGGUACGUCGACUUUCAACCUCGCGGAAGUAAAUCCUGCUGUGCAGUUCAGUCUGCUUGUCAUGAUGUACAUUGCCGUCUUCCCUAUUGCGAUCAGUGUGCGUGCGUCGAAUACGUAUGAGGAGAAGAGUCUGGGAUUGUAUUCUGAUGAUCGGUUUGAUGUGGAUGAGCAUAAUCCGCGAUCGUAUGUCAUGAUGCAUUUGCGUAAUCAGCUGAGUUUCGAUUUGUGGUAUAUCUUCUUUGGGAUCUUUUGCAUCUGUGUUGCGGAAGCAGACAAGAUCACUGAUCUCAGUAAUCCGGUUCGUAUCUCCCAACUCCACCCAACAGUAAAUGAGAAAACACACAAGAAGACAGCCUAGAGGCGAUAGCUAACGAAAUAUCAGGCAUUCUCCGUAUUCCCAAUCUUCUUCGAAGUUGUAUCUGCCUACGGUAACGUCGGACUCAGUCUCGGGCACCCAACCGUCAUGACAUCUCUCUGCGGGCAAUUCACACCAUUCAGUAAACUCAUCAUCUGCGCCAUGAUGAUCCGCGGCCGUCACCGCGGCCUCCCGUAUCAACUGGACCGAGCCAUCCUCCUUCCGAACGAGCGCCUUAGCAUGUUGGAAGGAGAUAGCCGGGAUCCAAGUGACAGGGAAGUUGAUGUGGGUGCUGAGAAGUUGAAGUUGAAGCGUUAUCAUACGCAGUAGCUCGGGAGUGGGGGAGUUGGAUUACUUCAUAGAAGGGUGGCUUGGGUGGUUCCGAAGGCUGGUUGGCAAUGCUACAGUACUGGGCUUCUUCAUGUGUCUUCGUUGGCGAGAGGUUGGGUGAGGCUGAGCGAGCUAUCAGUUCAGUAUGAUCCCCAGAUUCAAGUAAAUAAAACAGUAGAUGCACCAAGCACCCAGUUUAGCGAACCAAUGGAUGACAGGAAAAAGACAAAAGUGCU